AUGGUCAGUCCUCUGCAAUGGCGUCGAAUCUACCAUCAAACCCUAACCCUGGUUCAUAAGAACCUGCUGGUGUUCUACAAAUCGCCUGUAGUCACUUUGAUACGGGCGUUUAUCGUCCCUAUUGCCAUUACGAUUAUUUUCUGCUUUCUGAAAGAAAUCAAGAACGAGAAUGAAGCGUCCUACGGUAUCUCCCACAAGGGACAGCCCGUCAUGGAUCUUCCAGACGCCGUUGCAGCCAGUUCCUCCCAGCGACUGGUGUUUGUCAUGAAUAACAUUCAGAGCCCGGAUCUGAAUGGUUCGUUGAACGCCAUCUUCAGAGAGCCUGGAAUGGGCCAGUUCGACAUCCAGGUCGUCAAUGACCCGCGGUCUCUGGUGGAUGUCUGUCGACAGUCCAUCCACGGCACGAGCAAUUGCUUCGCCUCGGUCAUCUUCACCGCGUUCAAUAAAACCAACGUCGAGUAUUCAAUCGGUCUGGACGCGGAUCCCAUGUACAACACUCCCUACAGCUAUGCCCCCGGACAAUCCAUAUUCUCGCAACGUCUGCUGCCGCUGCAGUGGGCUUUGGAUUCACAUCUCGGGGGUUUUGAAUCAGCACUGAAACCCACGGAGAAGAUGUGGAAUGGAUAUUUCGAAGAAGAUGGAUCCAGUCCUUUUAAAACAGGCGCGGAAGUGUACUGGUUGACGAUUGUUCAGUACUUUGCGGCUACACUGUUCGUCUUCAUCCUCCUGGCUGCAACGCAUCACAUGAGCAGCGCCGUGGCAGGAGAGAGACAGAACUCAGUGGCAGAGCUGCUCAUGGCACAGGGAGUCAGGACGACCCCUCGCGUGUUGUCGAAUCUGAUCUCUUUCUUCAUCCUAUACGCCCCCGGUGUCAUCAUCUGCUCGAUCCUGCUCGGUGAGAUCCUAUUCAAACAUACCUCGACCGGCAUCAUGUUCAUCCUCAUGCUGCUCGCCUGCUUGUCCUUCAUCGUCAGCGCACAUUUCAUCGGUUCGUUUUUCGCAAAGGCUUCGUUAGCCGGUCUCUGCGCUUCCAUCUUGACUUUCGCGCUCGGUCUGGUAACCGUCAGUCAGAACUUGACUGAUUUUAAAAAUCCCGCCCAAAACAUCGCUCUCUCCCUUCUGUUCCCCCCCUACGCAUGGGCCAGCGUGAUCCAUGACAUCGCGACUUUAGAGAACGUCCAGCAUGGCUUCCCCGAUCCGAUGCUGUCACGCGAAGGGGAGAGCAUCGACGGAGGUCUGUUCUUCCUGUUCUUCAUCCUGCAGAUUCUCUUCUACGGCAGCGGCACGUUCCUCGUGGAACACUUCCGAUGGGGGGUCCCGCGUCAGCGCGAAUGGACAGAAAACUCGGACGAGAUCGCCCUUCGUCUCGGACAUCUCACAAAGACUUUUGAUCGCGGGAAAAAGGUGGCUGUGGAGGAUCUCAACGUCGAAGUGCGCAAGGGCUCCGUUACCUUCUUGCUGGGUCCCAAUGGCAGUGGGAAAACUACCACGUUGAAGUGUAUCUCGGGGAUGUUGACGGUCGAUCGGGGAUCGAGUAUUCAGUUUAGUAGUGACGGACAUUCGUUUGGCUUGUGUCCGCAGAAUAACGUUCUCUGGGACCCUCUGAGUGUUAGUGAGCAUGUUCUGAUCUGGGCUAAGCUCAAGACCGCAGGGAGCGAUGCGUCCGCGUCUACGGACGUCGACGACGUGAUUGCUGAGUGUGGUCUAACGGGGAAAGCCCAUGCAGCAUCACAAACGCUCAGUGGAGGUCAGAAGCGUCGGUUGCAGUUAGCUAUUGCUUUCUCGGGAGGAUCGAAAGUGUGCUGUAUUGACGAGGCAUCCAGUGGACUGGACCCUCUAUCACGUCGCAAUAUCUGGAAUAUCAUCCAAGAAGGACGUCAACAUCGUACGACAGUUCUCACAACUCAUUUUCUCGACGAGGCCGACGUCCUUGCCGACCAUAUCGUGAUUAUGUGCAAGGGCCGCCUCGUCUGCCAGGGAUCCAGCACCGCUCUGAAGGCCCAAUACGGUGACAAUUACAGAAUCCGUGUCGGCGACGGAGAGGAAAUCGCCUGGCGGGCAACGACCUCUACCGAAGCGACCAAAAAAGUUCUGGAACUGGAACGUCUCCAAGACGAUCAAUCCUGCCACGUCACCUUCCCCACGCUCGAACAGGUCUUUCUCAAGACAACUUCGCAGUUCGGCACUGCUGUGAACACCCUCGGCGGAGACGGUAUGGUGGGUGAUAGCGAACCCAUCCAGGAGGACUCGACCGCGAUCGAGGACAAGAUUCUGGCUCUCGAAAGCGAGUAUAACGGAGAGGACCUCAAUCUGGACGUUCGAAGGUCCGUCGGAGUCGUCCGCCAGAUCUGGGUUCUGUUCCAGAAACGAUAUCGCCUCCUACUGCAACCCUCUGGGAUGAUUGUUUAUGCUGUGAACUUGCUCAUUCCGAUCAUCGUCGCUGCCGCGUUGACCGGUUUCAUGUAUAAGUGGGAUGCGCUGGUGACCUGCGAGCAGAGCUAUCAGGCGUAUAUCAAUCCCACCGGGCUGGCAAUGCCUCCACUGGAGAAUCCGACAACAUACUCGAUGUCCGCCGACCCUGGCGCUAUCCUGGGCCCACAGACGGCGUUCUCAGGAGCCACGCAGGACGCGCUGUAUGCCCAGAGCAUUGCACCGACGGGAGAGAAGAGUGUUAGGAAAUUUGUCAACAGCGAGGACGCCUUUAACACUGCGAUGGACAACUCCACCGGUCAGGCUGGAUUUGGCCUGUACGCUCCUUCGCAUGAUAAUGCGAUUUUCUACCAUUCUGCCAGUCCCUACGAUUCUCGAUCGGUCCUGUCGGCCUUCAGUCUGAUAACAAAUCGUAUUGCCAACUCUACGUCCAAGAAUCAAGCCAGGCAGGUUUCAACAGAUCUCCGACUCAUGCGCCAUGUUCGUCCUGUCCAUGACUGGAGGAACAUGCCUAUUGCGAUUCUCCUUGUGAUUGUAUUUAUGGCCCCUGUGUCCACGGCCAUCAUCUACCCGGUGUAUGAGCGCGUGUCGAAUGUUCGAGCGCUGCAGUACAGCAACGGCGUGACCCCUUUUGCGCUCUGGACUGCCUAUCUCCUAUUUGAUGUGCAGUUUAUCAUUCUCCAAGCCCUGAUCGUGUACGGACUCCUCUUUGUCCGUCCCAUGCAUAGCAUCUGGUAUCAUCCGGAUUGCAUUUUUGGCGCCAUGAUCCUGUUCGGCAUCGCCUCUUAUCUCGGAACCUACCUCCUGUCUAACAUCUUGCGGCGCGCCGGGUUUGCUGCGGCUCUGGGAAUCCAUAUGCUGCUCUUCGUGCUAUAUUUCAUUGCCUACGUGGCCGCGCAGUUCGGUGGUCCGGCUGAUUCCCGCCAGGACACAUUCGACUCAAUCCAAGCCGGCCUUGGCCUCAUCGCCCCCGCCGCCAAUCUCGCCCGCGCUCUCUUCAUCGGAAUGAACACCUUUGACGUCCUCUGCGGCAAAUACGGCGACGCGGACACCUCCUACCCCUUUACCUAUCCCCUCUACGGCGGCGUCUACGCCAACCUCAUCUACCAGAUCGUCUUCUUGAUCAUUGCCUUGGCUCUAUACGAAUACGGCAGCGCUGACUGGUUCCAGCCCCUCUUCUUCUGGCGUCGUAACCGUCCGAAGCGAUUACACCACGCAGUCGACAACGAAGGUCUAACUCUCACGUCAUUCGACAGCAGACGCGACAUCAUGCUCGAGUCGCCAAAACAUAAUAUCCCCCUUACCACUACCGCAGCCACGAACCCCAUCCUGGAAGUCGAUCGCGUAACCAAAUACUUUGGUCGGUCCUUCGCCGCGCAGAACGUCUCCCUAAUGAUUUCUGCAAAUGAGACUCUCGCUCUCCUUGGUGGGAAUGGGGCCGGUAAAACUACCGUAAUCAAUAUGAUCCGAGGAGAAUUAAAACCCAAUUUCGGAAAUGUAUAUGUCAACGGGGUAUCCAUGCUCAGACAGCCUGGUACAGCACGUUUGCAUAUCGGUGUUUGUCCGCAGGACGACGCGGUAGAUAAUCUGACGGUUAGACAGACGUUGGAGUUCUAUGCCUCCGUCAAGGGUCUGAAGAGGAUCAAGGAUAAUGUCGAUCAGGUCAUGAAUGCGUUGGAUAUUUCCGCGUAUGAAAAUGUCAAGGCUAGGGCGUUGAGUGGGGGGACGAAGAGGAAGUUGACUGUUGCGAUUGCUUUGCUAGGGAACCCACCUCUUCUCCUCCUCGAUGAACCCUCCACCGCUCUCGAUGCAGGCGCGAAGCGAAUCCUCUGGCGCGCGUUGAAACGCAUCCGUCCCAACCGAGCUAUUCUUCUCACGACACAUAGUAUGGAAGAGGCAGAGUCACUCGCCUCAAACGUUGCAAUCAUGCGCACUAAGAUCCUGGUCUCAGGGCCCCUCCGCACGUUGAACGAGUCCUACGGGGGUGCGUUCCGUCUACGAGGCGUUCGCUGCGCUGAGGUAUCCAGUGAAGUGGCUGCCGCGCAGGUGAAGACGUCCUUUGCCCGGUUAGAGUAUCAGGUCAAGAAGUAUGUCGAUGUGAAUGGGCUGGUGCAGUUUUUCGUCCAGUACGAGAAGAGGGAUCUAGGAAAGAUUAUGACGGUGAUGGAGGCAUUGAAAGGUGAAGUGGUGCGGAGGGACGGGGAGGGUGGCCCCACUGGGGGCACGGCGAGUGAGGGAACGGCAGCGAUGAAGGUGUUUGAGGAUUAUACGUUGAUUGAACCGACGCUGGAGGAGGUGUUUAUGAAUGUAGUCAGGGAGGCAGAGGGGUCGGAAGGACUAUAA